UUGUGAGCUUCAGGUUAGCUAGGGAAGGGCAGACAUGCCGAAAGCUUCUCUUUCAGAAAGAAUCCCAAAUCCUGCCGCUGGAGCAAAGAGUGCAAAACCACCCAUUUUUGUUUAGCUUUCAGGCGUUGCGUCUGAUUGUUCGGUGGGAGCUGCUGGAAUGGACUGGAUUGCUUAUGGAGUUGGCAGAAUUGAGAGUUUUCUGAUCAGAGCAAUUGCAGAAUUUCCUGGCCAGGUGCCAGUCCUGUGUUUUCGGUGUAGGUUUCCCUGAACUUGCACUGGGCUCAGCUGCCUGCACUAGCAAGAGGGGAGAUCCUCAUGCUGGACUUCUGUGGAUCAGGCCCAAGGGCACUUUGCCCCUCCCCCCCCAUUUUUUCCCCUGGUGCCGCCUCUGACCAGAAUGUGUCUCAGUAUCAAUAUUAAUUCAGGAGGACCACCAAAGAGGCAAACGAACAUAGUGUGGGGUUGUUGGUUGUCCUGGGCCAGGCUGAGCAAGGAUCUUUGACCAGGUCUACAGCCCUAGAGAUGGGAAAUAAAGGAAGUGAUGCUCAGGCUUUAGGGGCCCCUCGCUCAUGAUGAUGUCCGGACUGCCGGAGGCCCUGAGCCGGCUGAGGGCCAACUCGCUCCGCAGCUGCUUCAGCCUGGCGGGGCCCUCGGAGUCCACCAUGGUGGCGGUGCCCAUCGACAUCGACAAGGACGAAGUCAGGAUCCUCAAGGUCUGUUUCCACAGCAACAGCUUCAACAUGGGCAAGAACUUCAAGCUGGUGAAGUGUACCGUCAUGACAGAGAUCCGGGAAGUGAUCAAAUCGAUCCUGCAGAGCGGGAGGAUUGGUCCAGACAUCCAGCUCGCGGAGUGCUAUGGGCUACGCCUGAAGCAUGUGAAGUCCGACGAAAUCCACUGGCUCCACCCAGACCUCACCGUGGGCGAAGUCCAAGACAAAUACGAGUGCCUGCACCUUGAGGCCGAAUGGAGGUACGACCUCCAGAUCCGCUACCUCCCUGAGGACUACGUGGAGCGCUUCCAAGAAGACCGGACGACGCUUCUCUACUUCUACCAGCAGCUCCGGAGUGAGUACAUGCAACUUUACGCCAGCAAAGUGAGUGAGGGGAUGGCCCUUCAGCUCGGCUGCCUGGAGCUCAGGAGGUUCUACAAGGACAUGCCACACAACGCCCUCGACAAGAAGUCCAACUUCGAAUUCCUAGAGAAGGAGGUGGGGCUGGAUUUGUUCUUCCCAAGACAGAUGCAAGAGAAUCUCAAGCCCAAGCAAUUCCGCAAGAUGAUCCAGCAGACCUUCCAGCAGUAUGCCCAACUGCGGGAGGAAGAGUGCAUCAUGAAGUUCCUGGGCACCCUCUCCACCUUCGCCAACAUCGACCAGGAAAGCUACCGCUGCGAACUGAUUCAAGGAUGGAAUAUCACCGUGGACCUGGUGAUCGGUCCAAAGGGCAUCCGGCAGACGUCAAGUAAAGAAGCAAAGCCCACGUGCCUGGCCGAGUUCAAGCAGAUCAAGUCCAUCAGGUGUGUGCCUGCGGAGGAGGGCAGGUCUCUGCUGCAGCUUGGAUUGACGGGGAACCCCCAGUCCCUGACCUUCAAAACGUCCUCUCUUGCCGAAGCGGAGAACAUGGCCGACUUGAUAGAUGGUUAUUGCCGAUUGCAGGGUGGCUUGGACGAGUCUCUCAUCAUCCACCCCAACAGAGAGACUGAGAAGCGGAUCAGCCUGCCCCAGAUCCCAGUGCAGCACAUAGAGGAGAGGAGGGCCACCCUACGAGAGAGCAUGAGUGGGGAUUCUGAUAUUUAUGCUGAGAUUCCAGAUGAAGCAUCCAGACCCAAAUCUGGAGCUCAACUGUACGGGAUCUGUCAGGAGGAUGUCACUCUGGGCCGCAUCUUGGGAGAAGGCUUCUUUGGGGAGGUCUAUGAGGGCGUUUACACCACCAAGAGCGGGGAGCAGCUCAGUGUAGCCGUGAAGACCUGCAAGAAGGACUGCACUGCUGAAAACAAGGAGAAGUUCAUGAGUGAAGCAAUGCUGAUGAAGAAGAUGGACCAUCCCCACAUUGUGAAGCUCGUUGGGAUCACUGAGGAGGAGCCGACCUGGAUUGUGAUGGAGCUGUAUCCUUACGGAGAGCUGGGACGCUACCUCGAGCAGAACAAGAGCACCCUCAAGGUUCAGACCCUCAUCCUCUACACCCUGCAGAUUGGCAAGGCCAUGGCUUACCUGGAGGCCAUCAGCUGCGUGCACAGGGACAUCGCGGUCCGGAACGUCCUGGUGGCUUCUCCUGAAUGUGUCAAACUGGGAGAUUUUGGCCUCUCCAGGUACAUUGAGGACGACGAGUAUUACAAAGCGUCAGUGACCCGCCUGCCCAUCAAGUGGAUGGCCCCGGAGUCCAUCAACUUCCGCCGAUUCACCUCUGCCAGCGACGUCUGGAUGUUCGCCGUGUGCAUGUGGGAGAUCCUGAGCUACGGCAAGCAGCCCUUCUUCUGGCUGGAGAACAAAGACGUGAUUGGGGUGCUGGAGAAGGCGGACCGCCUGCCCAAGCCCGACGCCUGCCCACCCAUCCUCUAUGCCCUGAUGACGCGCUGCUGGGACUAUGACCCCAGCGACAGGCCCAAGUUCAAGGAGCUGGUCUGCAGCUUAAGUGACAUUUACCAGAUGGAGAAGGAGAUUGCCCGGGAACAAGAGAGGAACAACCGCCACCGGCCCCCCAAAAUCAUGGAGCCCACAUCUUUCCAGGAGCCCCCUCCAAAGCCCAGCCGACCGAAGUACAAGCCUCCCCCUCAGACCAACCUCUUGGCUCCUAAGCUGCAGUUCCAGGUGCCCGAGGGCCUGUGUGCCAGCUCGCCAACUCUCACCAGCCCCAUCGAGUACCCGUCACCCGUCAACUCCCUGCACACCCCUCCGCUCAACCGACACAACGUCUUCAAGCGCCACAGCAUGAGGGAGGAAGAUUUCCUCAGGCCCAGCAGCCGGGAAGAAGCCCAGAAGCUGUGGGAGUUCGAACGGGCCAAGAUGAGGCAACUUCUCGACACCCAACAAAAGCAGAUGGUGGAGGAUUAUCAGUGGCUGAAGCAGGAAGAGAAAGCUCUGGACCCCAUGGCCUCUGCAAACUACAGCUCCUCCCCCCCAAAGCUCCCCGAAAAGGAGUCUGGCUACAAUGGCUUAGCUGAGUUUACAGCACCCCCCAAGAAGCCGCCCAGACUUGCAGCCCCCCAGAUGUCACUUCAGCCAUCUCCCACGGCCAACCUGGACCGGACGGACGAUGCUGUGUAUGUCAACGUCAUGGACCUGGUGAAGGCCGUUCUGAAGCUGAAGAACGAGGUCAGCAACCACCCACCGGAGCGAUACAUCCUGGUCGUUAAGGAUGUGGGGCUCUCUCUCCGGAAACUCGUUGGAAGCGUGGAUGACAUCCUCCCAGUUCUGCCUCCAUCUUCACGCACUGAGAUCGAGGGUACCCAGAAGCUCCUGAACAAGGACCUUGCUGAGCUGAUCAACAAGAUGCGCCUGGCACAGCAGAAUGCCGUGACCUCGCUCAGCGAAGAGUGCAAGCGCCAGAUGCUGACCGCUUCCCACACGCUGGCCGUGGACGCCAAGAAUCUCCUGGACGCGGUGGACCAGGCGAAGCUGCGAGCCAACCUGGCGAAAGUCUCGUUCGAGUGACCUGGAGGAGGGCUGGCUUUUUACGACAGAGACCCCCCCCCAGCUUCCCCGCACCCCCCCCCCCCACCAAAUGCUCGUGUCUUUGAUUUUGUCCCGUCUGUCUUCUACGAACAGAGGCGGCUCCUGAGAGAAGCUGUGCUCAGGGCAGCGCGGGGACUUGUCUUCCAGUGCCGUGUGCUGCUAGGGGGAAGGACCCCAGGCCCGUGGGGGGGGCGGUAUGCACGAGCCACCAGUGGACUCCGUCCCUGCACCAUGAGAGCCAUCACAGAAAGGGGGCUCCGGCAUACGUUCCGCUUCCUUGGGUAGUACCGACGGCCUUGAGAGGCCCAGUUGAGUCUCUCUAGUGGAAAGUACCAAAGGCAGGGGUGGGUGGGGUGACUGAAGCGGCCCACGUUGUUCUCAGGAUGAGCCAAAGAAGGGGGGAGAAGGCUGUUCCACAGGGUUUUAAGGCCUAGCACGGGGGGCGGGCGGGGAGAGUUUUGCUAGUCCAUCCUUCGUCACUUUGACUGGAGACAUUCCCACGGGGAGGCUGGUUUCUCGAGAGAGACUGUUUGUGUCUUUGUAUAUUGUACAGGGGUGGGUGGGGGAUAUUUAAUGGCCACAUAUGAACGGUGCGUCAGCCACCCCCCACAAUCCUUACUUCCAUCACUCACUCCCCAGAUUUAUCUUAACUGGGGAUGAUGUUGGAACCAGUCCAGAAAAUGAAUCUGUCCCUGAAUGAAGCAGAUCUGGGUGGAAUAUAGCAAAACAAAUUUCCGCCUGAGAUUGCAAAUGCAAGUGCAAAGCACGGAGAGGGGGAAAUGCCCCACAAGCAGGUUAUGGCUCUAGGAAUUCGGAUUUUAAAACAUGAGUUUUCCGUUCCCUGAUGGGUUCCGAAACAUGCCUCGUGUCCUCGGAACUCCAGGGUUGCUACUGACUCCAAAGUUUCGCUGAAAAUCCCCAGGUUUUGAAGGACUAGAAGCCAUUAUGUAUUUGCAAAACCCACUCUCUUGAAUGUGGCAAUAUUUUUCUGAAAUUUGAAAUCCAUGUGCUCUUUUUGUGUGCCUAAGAAACUGGCGAGUGGGUUGUGUUCCUUUUCUUGAAGAAAAGGCCGAGGAGGGCAAGGUCAGCACUGCUGAUCCAAGCUUCUUUGUAACAUUAUCUUGUGUGUUGAACUGUUUGAUAUGUGAUUUUGGAACUGGAAUCUGUACUCUUUUGGGCUUUUGACACUUAUCCCAACAAAGCUGUUAUUUUGCCUGAGAUAAAGGAGGCACAAAAUUC